GAGACUUGGUGCCGUGUUUCAGGAAGGGUUUGUGAGCUGAAUGUUCUCCACAGUUGACAAUAAGGGUUCACUCUCAGGGAGACAACAGACCACACAGCUAGUCGCUGAGGAGGGAUCCAGCAAGAAGCAGUGAAAGAGGACCCUGUGAAUCCCAUCGGCAGCCUGAGGUCAACCCUAACCCUGAGGUCAACCCUAACCCGGCGGUUACAAGACAGGACAAGCCUAUCAGGAUGUCAUGGUGGUCGCUGGCACCUCCAAUCCUGACAAAAGGGUUAUUGUUAAGAAUGGCCCUGCUAAAGAAUGCAGCUCUGGUCCUGGUUCUUACGGUGACAUGCUAUGUUUUGGAAACAAGAAAAUUCACUGCCAUUUCAAGGACCAUUUCCCAGGAGAAUUACACUGUAGAAGUAUUGCCCCAUUUUAGGGGGAAAAGAGCAGUCCAAACAAAUCAAUGGCUCUACAUCAUCGAUAUUGAAAUGAAUGUAUCUGACAUGAAAACUAUACAAGACUUUAAGUCCUUUGUGAACUCCUCAAGUGUCCCCAUAUUGCUCAACAACAACACGGCGAUCACAGAGAUCGGCAUUACAACAGUGUGCCUGCCCACUGCCUCUGGCUUCCAGUGCAAAUGUGAGGACCAGUUUGCUUGGCCAUAUCAGAGCUGCAUCACCUACGGAGCCUGUGACAACAUCGUCAGCGGCCCUUGUGGAUGCAUCAACAGUCUCCCCCUGGAUGGAACGUUCUGCCAGCCAAAAUCAACCCUGCUAUCAGCAGUCGAGUACACCAUAGACGUCGAGCUAAACGUCACUGACUUGGCUACAGUUGAAAAACUAAAGGUUUUAUUUGGCAACAUGACCUUUUUACUAUCACUGGGUUCCCAAGUUAACGUCACUGAAGUUGGCAUUACCACUGUGUGCCUUCCACAGCUGACAGGAUACCAGUGUAGGUGUGAGGACCAGUAUCGCUGGUCAUGUGACAAGUGUGCCACCUACGGACAUUGUUCUAACAUUACAACUGACACGUGCAGCUGCAUCAACGCCAUUCCUGCAGACGGACAGUUCUGUCAGUCAGUACUUCAACAAAACUUUACAACCUGUCCUCCAACAACACUCCCUCCGAUGACAACAACAGUUGCCAACACAACAGCAUUCACCAGUCAGAGUAGCACUGCAAACCUGACCACAACACCCAUCCUUCCAGUAUUUUAUUACCUCAUCGAGAUUGAGGUGAACACCACCAAUGUUGCAGCGUUGGAACAACUGAGAUCUAUUCUCAGUAGCAACAUUUUCCCCAUCAUCAUCAACAACCUGAUUCAAAUCACAGAUGUCAACAUCUCUACUGUUUGCUACCCAGUGGCUACAGGAUACCAGUGUAGGUGUGAGGACCAGUAUCGCUGGUCAUGUGACAAGUGUGCCACCUACGGACAUUGUUCUAACAUUACAACUGACACGUGCAGCUGCAUCAACGCCAUUCCUACAGACGGACAGUUCUGUCAGUCAGUACUUCAUCAAAACUUUACAACCUGUCCUCCAACAACACUCCCUCCGAUGUCAACAACAGUUGCCAACACAACAGCAUUCACCAGUCAGAGUAGCACUGCAAAGCUGACCACAACACCCAUUGCCAACACAACAGCAUUCACCAGUCAGAGUAGCACUGCAAACCUGACCACAACACCCAUCCUUCCAGUAUUUUAUUACCUCAUCGAGAUUGAGGUGAACACCACCAAUGUUGCAGCGUUGGAACAACUGAGAUCUAUUCUCAGUAGCAACAUUUUCCCCAUCAUCAUCAACAACCUGAUUCAAAUCACAGAUGUCAACAUCUCUACUGUUUGCUACCCAGUGGCUACAGGAUACCAGUGUAGGUGUGAGGACCAGUAUCGCUGGUCAUGUGACAAGUGUGCCACCUACGGACAUUGUUCUAACAUUACAACUGACACGUGCAGCUGCAUCAACGCCAUUCCUGCAGACGGACAGUUCUGUCAGUCAGUACUUCAACAAAACUUUACAACCUGUCCUCCAACAACACUCCCUCCGAUGACAACAACAGUUGCCAACACAACAGCAUUCACCAGUCAGAGUAGCACUGCAAACCUGACCACAACACCCAUCCUUCCAGUAUUUUAUUACCUCAUCGACAUUGAGGUGAACACCACCAAUGUUGCAGCGUUGGAACAACUGAGAUCUAUUCUCAGUAGCAACAUUUUCCCCAUCAUCAUCAACAACCUGAUUCAAAUCACAGAUGUCAACAUCUCUACUGUUUGCUACCCAGUGGCUACUGGAUACCAGUGUAGGUGUGAGGACCAGUAUCGCUGGUCAUGUGACAAGUGUGCCACCUACGAACAUUGUUCUAACAUUACAACUGACACGUGCAGCUGCAUCAACGCCAUUCCUGCAGACGGACAGUUCUGUCAGUCAGUACUCCAACAAAACUUUACAACCUGUCCUCCAACAACACUCCCUCCGAUGACAACAACAGAUGCUUCCACAACAGAUUUGACAAUACAGCAGAACACCACCCUGACCCCCACAACCCAGCAGACCACUACCCUGACCCCCACAACCCAGCAGAACACUACCCUGACCCCCACAACCCAACAGAACACUACCCUGACCCCCACAACCCAGCAGAACACUACCCUGACCCCCACAACCCAGCGGAACACUACCCUGACCCCCACAACCCAGCAGAACACUACCCUGACCCCCACAACCCAACAGAACACUACCUUGACCCCCACAACCCAGCAGAACACUACCCUGACCCCCACAACCCAACAGAACACUACCCUGACCCCCACAACCCAACAGAACACUACCCUGACCCCCACAACCCUGCAGACCACUACCCUGAAGCCCACAACCCAGCAGAACACUACCCUGACCCCCACAACCCAACAGAACACUACCCUGACCCCCACAACCCAGCAGAACACUACCCUGACCCCCACAACCCAGCAGAAUACUACCUUCACCCCUACAUCACAACAGACCCCAGCAACCAACUCAACAACAUUGGCACCAACAACAAUAUCGACCAAAGCUAUAACCCCAAUAUCCCCCACAACCCCAGGCACCACCUUGCCCCCCACAACCCCAGGCACCAACUUGCCCCCCACAUCAGGUUCUGUAGGAAAUGUGUGGAACAUGCAGUUCAGUUUGAAUAGGAAGUUUACAGAUGACCUAAAUGACAUUACAAGCUCUGCAUACAAUAGUUUAAAAAGCGGGAUUGAAUCAAAGCUCCAGCAGCAGUAUGGGAAAACUCCAGGUUUUGUAUCUGCAACUUUAAAGCAAUUCAGGUCGGGAAGUGUGAUUGUGGACUUUGAAGUCGUAACGACUAACACAAACCUUGCUGAUAUCAAAAGUGUUGAAUCAGGGCUCAUAGCAGCUCUGGCACCUGACUUCAUAGUUCAGAAUGGCUCUUUUAAAAUCACUUAUAAAAGUCCUUUUCCCUUACCUUACACCCCCAAGCCCAUGUACCCUGGGCCCACUCUGACGCUCACAUGCGGCCCUCCUCCUGCUUUCAUCGUGACGGGAGACUUGGGGGUUACAUGGAAAGUUAAGGGAAAAGAUAUAUCUGGCAAUCCAAAAUUUACCAGGGAAAACAACAUACUGAAGGUUGAAAACACUAGGACUAGUGAUACUGGUCUUUAUGAAUGCACUCUGAAGGGAUCAAGCGUAGACUUCCAUCAGACAGGAAAUGUGACUGUUGAAGCUCCUAAUGUCCGAGCCCCAACUCAAAUCAACUCAAAGUGUGAGGUGGGAGGAAUCACUCCUCUUGAGUGUUGUGUACAGACACCGUAUGAAGUGCAGUGGAUAUACAAGUCCACAAUUGUAUCAGAUGGAUUUGAAGAAAAAGAUUCCUACUGCGUCACAUAUGAUUUCCCUAUGCCUGAAACUUGUGAAAAUACAGAAACAAACAUUUUCUGCCAUGUCAAAAGUCCAUCCGGCUAUAGUGUAAAAACUAAACUGAAAAUUUUUACAGAAGAUGUAACGUGUAAUGAUGCUAAGUUUGGCGAUGGAGGAGAAGGGGAUGUAUCAGAAAUACAAUGUGGACCUAAGAAAAAUGGAUACAUUAUUGCUUCUUGUGAGGGUGCUGUUUGGGUAGUCAAAAAGAACACUUGUGUUUUGACUGUGAUUCUCAACCUACAGAACAACUCAGAGUCUUUACAGGCGGAAGGGGUUCUUGAUUUUGUCAAUGAUCUUCAAAAUGCUGCAGAGGAGAACCAAAAGGAUAUUGAAGAUUCCACUGCCACUAUAUCCACCCUCGUUACGAUUUUGAAGAAUGUGGCGUCUGUUUCUACUAAUGUCAGUCGCCCUGUUAUGGAGGGUUUUCUUAAAACAGUUAAUGUACUCAUUUCAGAAGGAGCACAGGGUUCCUGGGGUCAGCUAAAUGCCGAUUCGUCUGGCAGCACUAGCAACACCAGCUCUAUUUUACUGGGGUCCCUAGAAACCAUCACUGGGGCUCUACAAGGGGAGCCCUUUGUCUUUAACACAAGCACCAUGAUCCUGACAAGAACUAACUUCAGUCAAAAUUCCUUCAGCUCAGAACAGAGCUCCAGUGUUGGCUUACAUAUUCCACAGAUUAACUCCAGCAACAACUUCAUUAACACUAUCGCCUUCUCCACCCUGAACAACGUCUUGCCUGCUAGAAAUGGCAGAAAUCAGACUGUCAACGGUACCAUUAUCAAUGGAAACGUGCUGCUCGUUAAGUUAAACGGAACCGUCAGAAAUGUCUCUCUGAGCUUUGAAAAAUUGAAUUUGAAUAAAUCAUUAGCUAACGUUCAGUGUGUAUUCUGGAACUUUGAUCUGGAGGGAUGGGAUGAUGAAGGAUGUCAUCUGCAGUCUGACAACAAUGAAACCGUCACCUGUAACUGCAACCAUCUGACUUCUUUCUCCAUCCUAAUGUCACCAUCCAAUGAAGGCUUCAAUGAUGAACAGCAAAAUGUGUUGGACAUCAUCACCUACAUUGGAGUGGGCAUCUCCAUGGGCAGCCUGGUUGUGUGUCUGAUCAUUGAAGCUUGUGUCUGGAAGAGCAUGACCCGGAACAGCACCUCCUAUAUGCGUCACGUCUCCAUAGUAAACAUCGCCGUCUCUCUCUUGAUAGCAGACAUUUGGUUCAUCAUCGGAGCAUCCAUUUCAGCCAAUCCAGGGGAAGACAAAUAUAAUGCAUGCAGCACGGCAACAUUCUUCAUUCACUUUUUCUACCUGUCCCUGUUCUUCUGGAUGCUCAUCUCAGGCCUCCUCCUGUUCUACAGGACCAUCAUGGUCUUCUCCCACAUGUCAAAGUCCACCAUGCUGGCCAUUGGCUUCUCUGUGGGCUACGGAGCGCCUCUCAUCAUAGCUGUUGUCACGGUGGCUUCCACAGCCCCAAAUGAUACAUACAUAAGAAAUGAUACAGAGAUGGCCUGCUGGCUGAACUGGGGCAGUAGCAAGGCUCUCCUGGCAUUUGUGAUCCCAGCCCUGAGUAUAGUGCUCAUCAACUUCUUAAUCCUCAUUGUGGUUCUGUACAAAAUGCUGAGGAGAGGUGUUGGGGACACUGCCCAGCCUGAUGAGAAGAACACACUCGUGGUCAUCGCCAGGUGUCUGGCCAUCCUCACGCCCUUCUUUGGUCUUACCUGGGCACUGGGAGUGGGAACAUUGGUGGACUACACAAACUUUGGAACACAUGUUGCUUUUGCUUUCUUCAAUUCCUUACAGGGUUUCUUCAUUUUGGUGUUUGGAACACUUUUAGAUAGCAAGAUCAGGGCAGCAAUAACUAGACUGUUCCGAGGAGCCAGUGGAAGCUCCCAGGGUACCGGGACUCGCAGCACCAGCGCUGGGCCAUCCUCCUUCAGUGCCUUGGACAUACUCAGAAGAAUGCGGAGAAGAAACGUCUACAACGUCUCUGAAGUUGCAAACACCAGCAGCUCUGCUGCUACAGAGUCUUUCAUCAACAUCUGAUGUUAAUUUACUGUUGGAUCAUACAAUAUUAAAUUUCUGUAUUAAAUGUAAUCUAAUGUUUCUAAUGUUAAUCUAAAUGUUUCUAAAUUUAAUUUAGAAAUGAAGCAGUAAUCAGCCCCACAGUAUCAUUGCAUUAACACAAUAUUAUAUUUAGCACUUAAAUCAUAGUAUGUUGGGAUUUAAAGCAUUUUUCAAGUAACAUUGUUGUAAAAUCAGUUAAACAAUGUGUGUUAUUAUUUUAUUUAUUUAUUAUUAAGCAAAAUAUUUGGGCCAACAGUCUAGAAAGGUUUCUAACAAACGUAUUUAAUUUUGGUGGUAAUCUCUGUGAGGUCUGAAGGCCCAGAUGCAGUCAGACCUUUAAUGUGUAAGGAAUUACUGAAAGCUAGUGAGAAAUGUUUUUUUACCAUUUGCUAAAUUAAAUAAAUGUAUGUGGAUAAACAAAUAUAUUUUUUAUAUACAGUAUAGUGUCUGUGACUUAUGGUAUUACUGUACGCAUUACUUCAGUCACAAUGUUAUAAAUUACUGUUUUUCAUUUAGCAUAAAUUGGAAUAUAAAAUUGACUGGCAGUUAAAUAAUCACACUUAUGAAUAGUUACUAAUAUGCACAUAUUGUAUACAUAACAAAAACAUAUAUUUUUGUCAUAUUGUAUUGUAAUUCUUUUUUUUAAAUAUGUAAAUCAAAUGCUGGCAUAUCUUCUGACUAAACUUCAGGGUACCAAGAUUUAUAAAUAACAUGCAAAAAUAAUGUUGUUUGUGUAGUUUGGUUAGUUUGCAAAUCAAAUCAUUCAGAUGAGGAGCACGAUCCAGUUGACCUCAUUCACCUUGAAGACAAAAACUGUGGACAAGCAAGAUCAACAUGCCUUUUUUGAGUGAAUUUUAUGCUGUACAUCAUCAGCAAGAAUCUUCUGAAAUAAUUUACCAUGAGAAUA